AUGCAUCCAGCUGAGGCACAUUUCCAGAGGCACAACCAGUACCCAACUACCCGAGUAAAAGUUGCAGCCGCGGCAUUUGGACAUGCUCCUGCAAUCUUUUCCCUCCAAAAUCUGGUGAGAGCUGCUGCUACUACUGCGGGAAUUUUUCUAUUUGCCAUGUCUUCAAUAUCACCGUUACCUCAACCGCGCCAGGGUUCUUCUAAGGGUCAAUUCCGAAAUGGUGUUUGGUUUUGCGAUUGCAAGCCACCGCUUCCAGCUCGACUCCGGUUCGUAAUUGAUGAUACAUACAAAAAUAAAGGCAAACAAUUUUAUGGAUGCCCCGUCAAUGAAAAAGAAGGGAACAGAUGCACCAUGUUCGUUCUAAUCGAUGAGGCAAAGAGGCGACAGUGGGAGUGUUUCAAGAGCAGCGGGCGCUCAGAGAAAAGGCAGACCACAAUUCUUGAGAGUUUCUCACUGUCUAAGACAAAGCUACCCCAGUGCAAAGGAGCACCUGUGAUGGAAGUCGUCGAUCUAGAGACUCUCGAUAACGAAUCAAAGGCCUUAAUGUCGGCGGCUACCUUGACUUCCAAUCCAGUUUCACCGGUAGGAAACCAAUUCGAACCAUCAUCAUCAGUCGAGACCUCGACCCUGAAGGAAAACACUGAAAGCCCGCAUUCUGAGCUAGGAGACAUCUUCGGUGCAACAGCCAUUGAGGGUGAAAGCGAGAGAGCGCUGGAAAGCUGCGCUGCCAUUAACAGCACCUUAAAACGAAUACGCACCACGGACACGGCGAACGGAUUACCGACACCAUCGCGUACCAAUAUGAUGCCCGUAGCAAGGCUCCUCUUUCAGCAUGAGAGCAACCGUACAGAUGCAACAAGCACCAAGCGAAAACGUGUAGGCUCAAACGAGCCUCAAGAGUCUGAGAUUUUUGGACCUAACUUGUCCAUACUGCUUUCAGCGCCUGCAUCACCAAACACAAGCCCAGCCAACAUGUGGAGCGAGAUAAUGGAUCUCUUUAGAGAUGUGGACAUGACUACUGAGACUCGCGAGGCAGUUCAGAAAGCUCUUAGCAUAUUUGAGGACCGGUACGCAGCGCUGCAGGCUAGGGUCAGCAGUCUCGAGAACGGACAGAGACGUGCCAAGGGGGGCUUAUAG